GGGAUUGAAGCCUACUUUGAAGCUGGCGGGUUGGGCCACACUCCAAUGAAUUUACCCAGACCUACCGACCGACCGACGGAGAGGGAAAAAAAAGUCUGGCGCAGACACACGAGUCUAAUCUGUUAGAAGCGGAGCUCUCAUAGUGUGAGAGGAAAAAGUUUUGCCUUUGGUCGCAGCGGCGCUUCUUCUCGGUUUCACCUCUUUAGCUCGUGGAAACCAAUGUGGGAUAGUGAUUGGAGUUGACAAGCCCGCUCCACUACUGUAUCUACUCCCCCCUCCUCUCCGCUCCACACAACCAGGAAAUCGUCGAGGUGUGCUUCUUUAUCCCCGCUAGUGGCUACCCCGUUUGCGGGUGUAGAUGCGCUUUUUUCCGCCCGUUUUCCUCGUGUUUUUAUUUCACUAGUUUGACUUUUAACGCUGAGCUUCAGCUCUGAAGUCAGCCAAACUUGCCGACGAGGAGAGGAUCUCCACUCUGGCCGAACAAUGAGUGAGUCGAGUAUUUGCCAGGCUCGGGCCACUGUGAUGAUCUAUGACGAUGGCAAUAAGAAGUGGCUGCCGGCAGGCACUGGACCCCAGACCUUCAGCAGAGUCCAGAUCUAUCACAACCCCUCCAACAAUGCCUUCAGGAUAGUGGGACGCAAGAUGCAGACAGACCAGCAGGUGGUUAUAAACUGUCCAAUCGUGAGAGGUCUGAAGUACAACCAGGCCACACCUAAUUUCCACCAGUGGCGGGACGCUCGACAGGUGUGGGGGCUCAACUUUGGCAGCAAGGAGGAUGCUGCUCUAUUCGCCAAUGGCAUGGCACACGCUCUGGAAGUGCUCAACUCCUUGGCAGACGCAGGCUAUGCAACCCUUCCCCGCCCAGUGUCAAACGGACCAUCUCCAGAAGAGCUUGAACAACAGCGGAGGUUGGAGCAGCAGAGGUUGGAACAGCAGGAUCGGGAGCGCCAGGAGAGAGAAAGACAGGAGCGGGAGCGGCAGGAAAGGGAGAGACUGGAGAGACAAGGCGGUGCAGCCCCUAUUCCUCCAGCUCCACCGUUGGCCACUGGAGGCCCCCCUCCUCCACCGGCCCCUCCUCCACCCCCUGGCCCUCCACCAGCCGCUGGCAUCCCUCCCCCUCCGGGACCCCCUCCCAUAGCACCUCCGCCAGCCCCGCCCCUGCCCUCUGCAGGAGGAGGAGGUGGCCUUGGUGGUGGGGACGGUGGGGGAGCUGGGGGCUUGGCGGCUGCCCUCGCAGGAGCCAAGCUCCGCAAAGUAUCUAAACAGGAGGACGCAGCCCCUGCAACUUCAAUAAGCAGAGCUGACUCCAACCGCAACAGCAAUUCCUCUAUUGGAGGAGGAGGAGGUGGUCUGAUGGGUGAGAUGAGUGCCAUCUUGGCACGAAGGAGAAAAGCGGCAGACACUGGAGAGAAGCCACCCAUGAAGCCACAAGACAAUGAUGAUUCAGAGCCUCAAGGUCAAACCGACACCAUAAGAAGACCUUGGGAGAAAUUGUCUAUGAACAGGAAUAACUCCAUCACCAAGAGCAUGGACUCCACUCCCUCAUUGUCCCAAGGUUCCAGGGCAAAGCCCGCAGCCAACAGUAACGACGCAGGCGGAAUGGAUGACUCGGAUUUAGAAAAAAUGAAACAGGAGAUCCUGGAAGAGGUGCGAAAAGAACUACAAAAAGUAAAGGAGGAAAUAAUCGGAGCCUUUGUUCAGGAGCUGCAAAAGAGAAGCACAUAGUUCUGCUGAGUGUCAGGUGUAACAGAGGGAUGCGAUAGAUGGAGUUUGUCCUCCACUGCACCCUCCCUUGUAGCCCAGGGAUUUCUUAUUUUCUCCUACACAUUUUCUCUUUUCUCUCUCUCUCUCUCUCUCUCUGUCUUACACAAACACAUGUGAGCAUACUUGCUUAUGUGUACAUCGUGCAUAUUCACUUCAUGUAAAUGGUAACCCAUGGAACCUCCUCAAGCCGCCAUCUGACACUUUUGAUGAUCACUCACCAAUAUUGCGGCGGUGGUCCCAUCUAUCCCAUCUCUCCCAUGUUCAUUCAUCCCGUCCCCUCGUGUCCUCUGUGUGUCAUCUGAACCAAUCCAGAGCACACAGCUACAGCCACAGUUGCUCCUCCAAUUUGUCAUCAUUUAUACUCAUCAUAACCCUCUUUUCUGCAGAAAUCCUGCUACUUGUGUCUUCUCAUUCUGCUAUCAGACGCACCAUUUACUGAUAGAGCAGUUCUCAGUAUUCAGGGACAACGUAUUAGUCACAUUUUUACUGUAAUAGCAAGAUGCUGGGAUUUGACGACAGACCUUUUAUCUCUUUCUCAGUUAGUAUACAACUGUUCAACCUCGAACACUGCUACAGUUAGUUAAGUUUAGACAUCUGCAAGUAGGUUAUGACCUCUAACGGUCAUUGGAGGUGCAAAAACGACAGCCGAGGAUGGGGAAAUACCCCAUCCAACUCCCUGACUACUGCAAGAAGAGACAAGCAAAGGAAAUCUGAUGGACAACCUGAGUGCUGUGAAAGAGGAGUGUGUUGUAGUUUUAUGAUGUGUGAGAAAUGUAUUCUCUUUGCAUUGCACUUGUUCCGGAGGAAGUGUGACUGUGUGCCACACUGCCUUGACAGACUAUUCCCUCUCACUCAAAAUGAGAUAUUAUUUGUUAGCCAGUGCAGUGGUCCGAUACUGUGCUUCCGCUGGUUUAAUUUCUUCCAUUCUAGCUAUGUUUUCUACUUUCGAAACAUGAAAAAUGGCCAUGAUGAGGUCAAUUAAUUUGGCCAUGACCAACUGCCUUGAGAAUAAAUAUAUAAAUAUAUAUAUAUAAGGAAAAAUAUAUAUUUGUUUUGAGGGAAAAUGUUAGCAAAAAUGAAAUGGUGUUUCUAUUUUAAUUGAAAUGACUGGUGAAUGGGUUUUUUUUUUUUUUUUUUUCUUUUUUUGAUGAUUGUUUUCUUAUGAGAUGUUAUUUUGGGUUUACUGUUUAUUUUUUCUAAUAGAGUCUAGGCUUUUUACACUGAAAUAUAAAGAAAACAGCUUAGAGACACUGGAUUAGAAAUGCCUUUAUAGUCGAAUACAGCUGCUUCUUGAAAUGCA